AUGAACAAUAUAAUUACUUUAGAAAGAAAUAAACCUCUUAAAUAUCCUUCAAAUGAUGUUUCAAUGAAUUGGCCCUCAUUUUAGUCUUGUAAUGUCAGUCAAUAUCGAUUGCAUUUAGCAACAGAUAGAGUAUUUUAACAUUCUAUAGGAAAAUACAGUGAUACUGAGAGUGAAAGGAAUGAAAUUCCAUAAAACCUUGUCAAAUUAUCUGAAUUUCAAUAACAUUCUUAGCAAAAUGAUAGAAACUAAUAGCUCUUAAAAAAUGAAAAUUUUUGGAUAGCAAAAUUUAUUGUUUCUGAUUUAACAAAAUCAUUUUUACUAAUCCUAUCAUUUAUUUUACCAAUUCUUUAUAUUGAAGAGUAUAAGUAAGAUGAUAUUUAAUAAUAAAGAUUUAAAUCAACACAAUUAAAAAUAACAAUUACUAUUUUGAUGUUAUCUUUAGAAAUGGUCUCAAUAUUUAUAAAAUUGUAUUCUUAGAUUUUAAAACAUCAGGUGAUGCAACUAACUGUUGUAUAGAUUAUGAAUCUGAUAGUAUACACAAUCUGCUCUAUCUUGGAAGACUAAUUAUCAUAUGGAAUCUUGUCAAUCUACUUGUUUGUUGGAAAUUUUUAAACACUUGGAAAAUUGUGUAAAUUACUUACAUUCUUAAAUUAUGAGUAUAUUAUUGUAUUUAUUUGUCAUAGAUAGUAAAAUUAUUUCAUAAUUCUAAGUUGUAUCUAUUUUUCACUUCAUCUUUUUGGUUGUAUGUGGAGAGUGGAAUAUGAAGAAUAGAAUUAAGAAAUAAUUUCAUAUUAAGAUGGUAUAUAUCAAUCAUUUUUAAUAUCCUUAUUGAAAAUAGACGAAAUGGAAAUUGAGAAUAAAUAGUUAAUAAUUUUGAAUGUUACAUUUAACGCUGGCAUGAUAUUAUACAUAUUAAAGUGUCUAUUAAUGAGUUCUAUUGAGAAAUCUAAACGUCAAUUAUUAUUAGACUCAUUCCGACUCUAUCUAUAAUCUUAGUUGAUAAGUUUCAAAAGCAAGUUGGUUAUAAUUCAUUAUUCAUAAAUUUUUGAAGUUUUGGAGGAAGAUCAAACGCUUUAGUAGGAAUAAAGAAUUAAUAAGGUUUCAAAUUAUUUGAAAUAGAAAUUGAUUAAAUAAGAGUUAUCAAAAGUUAAAUUUCUAUCUGUUAGCACUUUAGAAUUAAUAAGUCAGAAUGGAACUUUUAUUUAAAGUCUACCUUUAAAUGUAUUUAUGAUUUAAAUUAUAAAGAAAUUAAGUACUGAAAUUGAUGGUUUAUAUAUCAUUUUAACUGGAAACACUUAUGUGGAUUUUAUGGGAUUCCAAAUUAAAUUAUAAAGUCAAAAAGUAAUAGAAUUGAGUUUGACUGAAGUUAUCAAUAAUUAAUGGCAAGGGAGAGUGAAAAUAGAGCAAACAGAUUCCAAAGAAGUUUUAUAUUUUUUUAUAUAAAAAUAAAUUCUAAUUGGUAUAUUAUAGUAAUCAAAAGAAAGGGUAUAAUUACUAUAUUAAAUUAGGAAGUUUAUUAGAUGAUUAAAGAUGAUAUAAUAUUUUAUAAUGAUACUACAAAAUUGAAUUUUAGAUGUUACUUUUGUGAGUAAUUUCAUCCUAGUUUUAAUUGUUCAUCUUUUAAUAUUAAGAGAAGAUUCAAUUAUGAUUAAAUUUAUCAGGAAAGAGAUGCUAGAUAUUCAAGAAAAGUAACUAAAAAGUCAAGAUCUGCUAUUUUUUAAUAGGUAAGAUCAUGAAAUAAUAAUUAGAUUACAUAUUAAGGCACUAGUAAUCAUAAUGUAUUUGAAUAGAGUUCUGAUAGUUUUGAAGCUUUUUCAGAUAACUCUAGUGAACAUAUUAGUAGUGCAAAUAUUGGAGUGGAUUAAAUUACUAAGCUUCCAUCUACAAAAUAUAUAUAUAAGGAGAUUUUAUAGGCUGAUAUCAUAUCGGAUAAAUUGACUGAACCUAUAAUUAGCAGUACAUUUUUAAGAAAUCUAACCACUAGUCCAGAUAAUAUUAUAAAACGUUCUAUAAUUAAUAAUACUCCAUAAUAAUAAGCAUGUUUUUAGGAUCUAGAUUCAUUAUUUGAGAUUGAUAAAAUGGUAGAGUUCCAAGAUUAUAAAACAAAAUUCAAUAUUACAAAUAUCAUAUAAAUUCUCAAUAAGAAAAGAAAUUGA